AUGACGGAAUCCCGAGCUACAACGACUGCACGCCCUGAUCCAGGAUUCAAGGGACGUCUUCGGGUUCCUCGAGAGGCAACGAAGUCGUCACAUCAAUCUCCGUCAUCGCCAUUCUCUCCUUUUCAAUCGAUCCCACCAUACUUUCGCAAAUGGAAGGAAACUUCCCUGCAACAUACCUGGCUCGGUCCCCUGUGUCUCUGCCUGGCAAUCGUAUCCCUCUACCGCCUCAACCCUACGCCCAGUAAUCCCCUGCACGCGUGUCUCUUUCUCUCCUACGAGGUUUCAAGCCCCAUGACGGAACAAUCAAAGUCUUUUCACGCCUGGGACAGCCGGAUCCAAUAUGCAAAAGGCUCCGCGGACGUCCUUUUCGUGUCCUUCUACACCCUCGUCUUCACCUUUACCCGGGAACUCCUGAUCUCAUCUCUCCUCCCUCUUCUAGCCAAACGUGCCGGAAUAAUCUCGCCUAGCAAGCAGGCCCGAUUCAGCGAACAGUUCUACACAGCCUUAUACACGUCCGUCUCGACUCUAGCCGGCAUAUACCUUCUCACCGACACGGGGAUUCUGACCCUCCCGUCCUCGCCUACUCUCCAUUACGUACCGUCCACCAUCAUGAAAAUGCACCUGAACACCGGGAUCAUGUAUCAGGACUAUCCGCACCUCACGCACUCACUCCUCUUCAAAGCGUACUACCUCCUCCAGGCGAGCUUCUGGGCCCAGCAGAUGCUCGUGCUGGUCUUGGGGCUGGAGGUUCCUCGACGGGAUUUCAGGGAAUUGGUGAUGCAUCAUUUCGUUACGGUGGGGUUGAUCGCGUUGAGUUGGCGGUUCCAUUUUACGUAUCUUGGCCUGUUGGUUUUUGUGACGCAUGAUGGGAGUGAUUUUUUUCUUGCUACCUCCAAACUCCUCAACUACCUCAACAAUGCCCUCCAAGUCCCCUACUUCAUCCUCUUCACGCUCGUCUGGAUCCAAACCCGCCACGUAAUCAAUCUACGCGCGCUGUACUCCCUCCUCACGGAAUUCCAGACCUCCGGACCAUGGGGUCUCAAUUGGGGGCGACAGGAAUAUAAAUGUCGGAUUAGUCAGGUUAUUACCAUCAUCAUCAUCAUCAUCAUCAUCAUCAUCAUCAUCAUCAUCAUCAUCAUCAUCAUCAUCAUCAUCAUCAUCACCAUCAUCACCAUCAUCACCAUCAUCAUCAUCACCAACCCUAUCCAUAAACUAAAACUCCCCAACAUGCAAAGCUCAUAUCUCCAAAAAGCAAUUCCAUUCCGACCCGGUUUCCCAACCUCCCAUAUCAUCAUGGACACGCGUCAGAGUAUACAGCAGGAAAGACAUGGCCAUGCGAUGCGAUCUUCAGGGGAGACUGGGAACCUUAAAAGAACGCGGGAUGGAAGUCUGACGGUCUCUUCUGACCUCUGGGCUCCUGUGAUUCUUUUUCAACUCCAGGAGAGACUUGGUGCCAAUGAACGAGUGGAUGGCCAGGAAGUGAAUGCAGUAUCGUUUGACGAGGAGGCGAAAGAGAAAGAGAAAGGGAAAGAGUAG